AUGAGGCCGACGUCGAUGUUAACUCAAAAUCAGCCGCCACCUCCGCCGCCGAAGCCCACCGGAAAUUGGCGAUUUAUUCGGCCUCUCAAUGGUUCGUUAUUAUGGGUUAAAAUUAUUGAAAUUCGUCCCGACAUGUUAGAAGUUAUUCAAGUUGCCAUGUGAGAUACUGAACGAAGCUCUCCUAUUUUUUUGAAUUUGUCGAUCUUUCAAAAUCAUUUUCCAAAAUGGAAAAAAAUAACUAUUUAAAAACUUCAUCAAAAUCUGUGAGCGUAUGCGGUAACGUCGCGAUUAUUUCAUUUCUUGGGCUCCAUUGCGUUUUGAAUGCAAUUUUUUUCCUAUUUUAUUAAACCAGCAUCCUCAAUACUCCGAAGGCACUUCCUAAUGUAAAAAGUAGAUAACCCAGUAUCAAUCGAUUCUUCGAACGUUUUUUUUUCCUUCAGGCAAUAUUUAUUCGGUUAUUGACGUGCGUUUGAGCCUGUUGUGGCUGAUAUGAUAUUUUCUCGCUGAUAAGCCUCCGGAGGGGUUCGAAUUUCUUCUUCGCUUUGCUUUUUCAACUUUCUUUAAACUUCUGUCUGCUUUUUCUUGAGUGUUCAGUGGUUUUUUUCUGUUUUUUUAAGAAAGCUAUUUAAAAAACUCUUCUCAAAGAUUCAGCAGAAUUUUUGGGAUUUUCUUGGCAAGACCUAUGAGUUUAUUUUUUUGAAAAUAUCAAAAAUGUUUUUUUCGAUAUUAUUAAGUUUAUCUCCAUUAUUUUGUUUCUAAUCAGCUUAGUCUAAUAUAACAAUUUUCCUUCAGUUUCAUAAGUUAAAAAUUAAAAAAAAAGAAAUAUGUUUUUUUGAGUCUGAGCAAAAUGUAACCGUUUGUUCCCUCGUUUUUUAUCAGAAAAAAGAAAAGUUCAUUUUUCUAUUUUUGGUCAAAAGUUUAACAGAAAGGACUUUUUUUUAUGUAAAAGAAAAAAUUUUCCUAGUUUUCAAAGUUUUAUUGUUAAAAGUUGAAUUAAUAUGGUUGCGGCUACUUGGCCUUUGGACGAAUUGACCGAAACGCCUGGACGUUCUUUCAAACUCCAAACAACUAACGCAUACUUUAUUCAUGAAACGAGCCUAUAGUUGGGUAGAACAAAGAGUUCCUCUGGACUAUUUUUUCCCUUUUUUUAUUUUCAGCAAUGCGUUUGCGGUCGCGUCGCGAUUUAAAGAAUUACAUAACGAGUUUUUGAAAUUUGGAGGGUUUCUUGAAAGCGAGUUUGCUCCGGCUCCCUCAUCAAAUCUCAUGAAUUAUCUAGCUAACUUUCAUGAAAAACGUUAUUUUAAGCCUGUGUGGCGACUAUGUUGACGUCAUUUUCACGUUAAUCAGUUCGGUACCAUCUUCCUGUGUGAGCAGUUCUAAUGACGUCAUUCUUACUCCUUGUCCCUGUUCUUGUCCUGCUGAACUCUUGCAAAUCCUAGUUUAUUCAUGGAACAUUCCACAAGCCAUUACUCUCCACACAAAAAAGGAACAGAAGGAAAAAAAAACUCGAGCUUUUCCCCCUCACUGCCAAUUUCCAUUUAGCUUUUAUGUGUGUCUUCCUCCAUUCAGUCCACGUUGUCCAGUUUUUUUUUUCCUGGCUUUUAUUUUUGUUCUAGUUGUGCACCACCGCACAACUAAACGGAAAUGAGAGAAAUCGGAGAUAUGAUUGAAGCUUUGUUGGCCAAAGUUUUCUUUCUGCAGGCUUUUGUUAAAAGCGUAAAUGGGCUGGACUUCCGUUUGGGGUUUUUUUCCAGGGACGUUAAGAGAAAGAAGAAAUUGCACUUAAUGCCUGGAAACAAAGGACUCUGUUUUCGAAUUAGCUAUUUUCCAAUAAAGUACCUGAAUCUGUUUUGAAAAAAAUUAUAUUUAUAAAAUUCAAGUGUUUUUUUUUGUUUUCAUUUGUGUUCUAAUAGCUGUUUCUUUCAUUAAUGAUGAUUCCACUGUAAUAUAAUUUUGUGGUUCGACCCGUUUAAAAUGUUUUUGCUGAUUUUCAUCAUGACUCAAAAUCUCGAAAAGGUUGCCCCAGCGUUAAUUCACCGAUUUACUGCUCGCAAACCGGCUCUCAAGAGAGGUUUUUUUUUGCAAGAAACCGUUGCGCAAUCGGUUUUCGCCGUUGUGACAGGAAGCAAAAGCUGAAAAGCAAACACAGAACCCGACGAGGAGAUUGCAAGGAAAAAGUUUUUUUUUUGGGAAAAUUGAUUGGACGUUCCGUCGACGGAGGACAAAUUGCAAUCUCUUGCCAUGUCCUCCUCCCUAAUGGUCGGCCGUUUUUCACACUCUUCCGGUUUUUUUUUCAUCCGUUUUUGCUAAGUUCAGUUCAGGCUCGGUUUAUUAUGUUUUGCUUGCAGGCUUUGUUUUUCUGGUUUCUCGUGCCCUUUCUGAAAUUCCGUUUCUUCGGUUUUCUCUCCGGAUAGGCUCUAGUGAAAUAGGUGUGAAUAAAUAGCCGCUAGUUAUCAACAGAGCAACAUUUCUGGUUUCUCUUGGAUUGAGUGUUUUUCUUUCAUUCACUGGCAGUCUUUCAAUUGGAGGGAGUUGGAGAAUUGAGCUGCUAGUUAUCGAGAUAGCAAAUUUUCGGAGUUUCAGCUUUUCAGCUUAGAAAAUUAGGAAUCAGAUCAAAAACCCGUGAAUCUCCACAAAUUCUCGCGAAGUUUCUCAGCAAUUUUGAUCAUUUUUAUUUCUGCAGCGACUAUCCAAAUUACUGGUUCAUAUAUUAUUAAUGAAGUUUCUCAAGUUUCCUUUUUCUCUGGCCCAAGUCGUCGACAUUAUCGGUGGAGCAGUUUACCAUCUCUUGACAAAGCUAUUUUUUCCCGAAGCUCAUUUUCCGCCUCAAAACCCACCAUUUUUCAAACGACAAAAAAGGAAAUAACAUUCCAAAAAAUAACUGGCGAGAAUACCAAUCAUAACAAUUGCUCCCCGGUUGUUUUUCCUUUUUCUUUUUGAUCCCAGACGAUGAAAAAAUUCGUUGGAAUGUUAAACGAAUGGAACGACGAACACAGAAAAAACGGCUGUGCCCCGCGGCGAUUUUCACACAUUUUAGCCGUUUGUUGCUGUGUAAAAUUGGGCCCCCGUGCCCUUUUUAUCGCUUAGAAAUGACCUUUUGAAGCUUUUUGUCAGCGAUUUGGACCUUUUUUUCUGGUUUUCAAAUACUUCAAUAAAGAUAGAGUGACUGACAUCAUAACAUUUUUUUUUAAUUUAGAGCUUUCUCUGUGAUAUCCGGCUUUUUCUCGUUUUCCAAAAAAAAAUUUUUUCUACUUAGUUUCCGUGCUCUCUCCAUUUUCCAGUAAAUAAAAACAGAAUUCAAACUCUAAAAACUUGCUAUAUUGAUAAUUAACAGCUAUUUUCUUGUCUGGAUUCUCUUUUUUCGAAUGCUGUCUUUUUUGGAUUUUAAUUUGACUAUCUUUAAGCUCAUUCAAACUUGUAAGAUGUUUAGCGAUAAACUGGCAAAUUUUACGUUUUUAUAUUUUUCUCUGCUUAAUCUUUUUUCACAGCUUGACCAGAUUGUCGCAUGUUUUCCCCGUGGAAACAUUUGUAACCGCCAGAUGUUCGGCCUUUUUUUUCAACUUCUUAUCCUUGACGUUUCUUUUUGACAAAUCGCUGCACUACGCCAACGUAAACUUUUCCGGUUGUUUUUUUUUUCGGUUUGGAAAGUGCUUUGAACUUUUUUAGUUGGUUCUUCUGCAGUUGAAAGAGGUUUUUAAGUCAUAGGCUUGAAAAAAAACUUUUUCUUCAUUACGGUUGCUGUCUUUCCUUAUAAAGUUCAAAAUAUUAUACGAUAUUUUUUAGUCGAAACUGUCCGUAUCAAGAGCAUUUGAAAGUGAGACAUAUAUACAGUGAGAUCUUUUCAAAAUUUAUUUUUUACUCUUAUUUUUAAUUCUAAUAUUUUCGUUACUUAAGGUUUUUUUUUCUCUGAUGCUUCGAAGUUUUCAACGGAUACUGUCCUUCUGGAGCUAUUUUUCACUAACUUCCAACCUCGUUUCCAAUGAAAUUAUAUCCAGAAACUCUUAAGGGGACCCUCGACCGAUUGUCCUUUUCUGACCGUCCAACCCACCUAGUACAUGAAUAUUUUCGCCCCACCGCGCAAAUCAUCGCUUCGAUUCCAGUUCCAACCGUUUCCGACACCGACCAUGUACGUGUAUAAAUUUCGUUGAGGACGAACAAGAAGAAUAGCAACGGAAAAAAGGGAAAGGUGCGGAUGACACGAGAACCGACCGCCCCCUCUAAUUGUGGCUAUUUUGUCGCCGCCCUUGGUGUCUUUUUUGGGAUAUUUUUUUGUUAGUUUGAGCCCGUCUUAUUGGUUAAGUAGGCUGGUUAUGACACAUUCGUUAUAUUUUGGACUUUUAGAUAGACUUCGAAAUUUUCAUUUUGAGAAACGGAAAAGUUUUCCUUUAGUUUUACAAUUUCAUUCAGGUUAAGAUAGGGACCGCAAAGCCACGCCCCUUUUCGCGAUAGAAAAAGUGGCUUUUUUUUGGUGUUCAACUUUCAUUUUGCUGUAGUUGCAAAAUAUGUGGAACUGGAUAAUAAAUUUUGGCACACAUGUACAAAAAAGCUUCCUCUUUCGUUUGAAAAAUAUUUCACGCUUUUUUGAUGCGUUCUCGCGGAAUGUCGUACAAAAACGUGAAUGAAACUAAAAAAUUUUGUCGUUUUUUGCUUUUUCAUGUGUUUUUAGGUCGAACGCACUCUUUCUUUUUUUAAAUAAUGAUUUUGAUUCAAGUAACGGUAAUUUUAAAACAAUAAAAUAAAAAAUUCGUCUUUGCCAAAAAUUUUAGGGAGUGCCGAAAGUCAUAAUUCAAAAUAUCGUUAAUAAGCGAAUAUAAUCGAGUUUUUGUUUUUUCAAAAUUUAGACCAUGGGCUUACUUAAAUUUUUCUCCACAGCAUAUGUGCUUGAAAAAGUUGUUUGAUACGCAAAAAUGCUCUUGAAAAUAGAGAAUAAAAUUAGCGGCGUUUAUCACACCGAAAGCGGUCGAACGCAGGUUUUUUAAACGAUUAUAUACAUUUAUUAGUAAAAAAUCUUUCAAUUAAAAGAAUAAAAUAAAAAAUUCGUCUUUGCCAAAAAUUUACGGGGCCGUUUUAACGCAGCGAUCGUUAAACGAGGCAAAAAGCACUAAAAAAACAGUUUUUUCGAAGUGAAUUUCCACGAAAAGUUUGAGUAAAGAUUUGCGAACAUAUUCUGAUAAAAAUAGCUUCAUUACUUCAAGUUUUUCUUUUUGAAAUAGGCAAUCUGUGCUAUUCAAACGGCUCAAGGGUAUGGCGGAUGGAAACUCCCUUCGCUAGACCUAACAGCUUGGCGCAGCGCGUGCGCUGCGAUUUUUUUCGUUUUGAGGUCGCGAGUUCGAUGCCCGCAAGCGCCCGUUUUUUUUGUUUUCUGGAAAAUACCGACUUUUUCGGCAAACUAGCUGAUUAGCAUUAUUUUAGCAAUCUAUUAUGAUUUGUUACAUCAUAAUAGACCAGUAUCAAAACUUGUUCUGGAAGAAAAAUCGAGAAAAAUGUCAAAAAUGGAUAAUACCAAAAUUUCAGUACUAAAAAAAUGGUGCGCGGCGCGCCACAAUUUUCGUCAUAACUUUUUUCAUCCAUAAUCUUUUUCGAAAAACUAAACGGUUCUGAGUUUUGAAUCGAAACAGCUAUCAAACCAUACAAAGCUCAAUGCUGAAAAAAUUUUUUUGAAAAUUCGUCUGCGGUCCCUAGGUUAAGACAGUUUGAUCAAUUUUUUGCUGUGAAUCUUCCAUUUUUGUCAUCUAUAACUUGAAAUAUAGGAGUUUUUACAUUCUUAAAGUCAAAUUUCAGAUCUCCAGUCCAUUUCAUACGGUUCUUCCAUAGUAUAAUGAGAAUUUCAAGAUUUUGCGAGGUUUUUAAGACGUUUUAGUUGCCUGUAGACUGUUUUUCAAACUUUCCUCUAAGAUAAAAAGCUUAGAGGCCAAAAAAACUUUCAAAAAUUUUUUUAAGUUUUGGAGUAGAUUAUUUCUAUUCAUUUUUAUAUUUUUUUGCUCACAAUAUAAAAAUUUUUUUGCAAAGUCUGGUAAAGUCGAAGCUCGGCGAAGCUUCAAAAUUCUCGAAAUUUCCCACCAUUUUUCUUCUAAAUAGGCGCCUUGAGUAAUUCCUGAUUCUCUUUUUCCUUUUAGAAGACGACCAGGAACACGAAAAUCAGAACGGAAGUUUUUUUUUUCUCCUGGCUAAAUUUUAUUCCCACGAGGUUUGCACAGACCCAGAUGCACAUUAAACUUGGAAAAUCGUCUGCGUUUUAUGGACACGGAAAGCGCUCGAAUCUGAAUAUUUCAAGGUUUUUUUUGUUGAGCAAAUGAGUUUGUUUUCCGUUUUGGAAAGGGUUUUCUUUGAUUCUUCCGUUUUUUAUGUGGUCCGAAGUUUUGAGCGACACGGAAAAGUCUAGUGGACUACUUUCCUCGCUAGAUCUUCUAGGAUUUCCAGACUUUGCUUGAGAUUCUCGUUUUUUUGGUUUUUCACUUUUUUGUAACUAGUUGAAGUUAAGUGUUGUAGAUAGUUUUAUCGGUUGGAUCCAAUUUUGUUUGGUCCUUUUCGUCUUAUCUGACGAUUUCGAAGUAGUUUUAAGUUAAACUCUGGUUUUUGAGAACCUUCCUUGUAACAGAAAAAUAGUUUCCAUCAAUAGAGCUUAUUUCGCGCGGAAGGAAAUUAUAAACAAUGCGGAGCCAUUUUUCUGUAAUUUCGGCUGCCAUUUAUUCUUCCUAAAAUCGCUUCAUUGACAAAUCGUCGGUUCAGUGAUUAUUAAUGUUAUCAAGGAUGAAAAAAACUUUCUUAUUAUGCUCAUAAAUAUAUAAAACUGUCUCUUGAUGUUUUUCAUAACAUCACAUUUUUUACCUAAGAAGAAAAGUGUUCUCAGCCAGAAGUUCAACAUUUAUUGAGGUGCAUUUCAAAACAGUCGUCAUUUUCCCACGCUUUUCUAUAUUUUGAUUGAAAGUUUUAUGAUGGGACUGUGUUUGGAAAGAUCUGUAUGUAUAAGUAUACAUAUGGGGAGUGUUUGGGGAGUCUAACGGUUUGAUGAGUCAUCAUUUGGAGAGGAGGAGAGCGCCGCGCGGCCCGCGGGUGUUUUUUUUUAUUCAACGUUCCUUUUUUUUCGGUUUCGUCUGACGGACACCUGGGAUCUAUUCCUUUUUGUUGCAGUUACUGUUUUUUGGUCUUUCUCACUCUUAUAUUUAUAGUUUAAUAUCAAUUUUUAGCUUUUCAUCCGAAUUUUCGUUAAAAGUUCUUUUAGCCUUACUUACUUUCCUUCAGUAUAGGAAAAAAAAACAUGCUCUCAGGUUUUUCUUCCAAAAAACAGUAUGAAAUAAUCGUAGGAAUGAACCAUCAGUUGUGCUAAUUUUUCUUAUAGAUUCUAUUUUUCGAUUUUUCCGAGUUAUUUCCCCUCGUUAGAGCAAAUCUCUUCAUGAAAAAAGCUUUUUCGCACGAUAUAAAAUUUUAUUUUUGUGUUUCUUUUUUCUCACAAGGCCGUUCCGAUGAAAAUUGACUUUUUUUUCCUAUUCAUAUCAAUGGAGCAUUUUUUUUUAAAUAAAACUUCGUAUUUACUGUCUAAUUUUUCUCAAUGAUUUUUCUGAAUUUCGGACUGAUUCUUGUAGGUCAUUUUUCUAGGUAGAAAAAAGCGAAACAAUUUUUUUUUCAAUGUCUUCUAUAAAUCCUUUCGUUCAAAAAAAAAAUCGAAAAUCUUCAAUUUUCCCACGUGAUUUAUGGUUGGAAUGACGUGACCGCCACUUCAAACUUCCUUGUCUAAAUUUUUAUUCACUUCACUUCACUUUUCUUUAUGUUGACCUAAACACUUGUCCUCCCCCAAAACCGCUCAAACACAAGCUUCAGUCUUCUGAUACGCGACUUUGUCUGUCUUCAAAUUUUUUCGAAUUUUUUCGUCUGACUUUUUCGCUUUUUGAACGGUUUAAACAUGAAAACCCAGCAUUGAGGAGACAUUAAGGUGUAAAUCAGUGAAUAAAAUUUGAACGGGUUUGAAGGCUGUUUGAACGAUUUUGCACGAAGUUGGCUGUAUUUUAUCAAUAGGGCCAGAAACUUCUCGAACAUAGCUCAUUUUUAGAAGUUUUAAUAAUUUUCAAUGAUUAGCCUAAUUCAAAAGAAAACCAUGAGACUCAAAAAAAAGGCCAUUGUUUUUUUAAUAGCUGAACACAUUUUUUUUAAUUUUUCAUAAAUUUUGAGCCUUUCCCAUAAAUUAAAUUCGUUGUCGUCUUGCCCCUCCGUACAAUUUUAUUCUUUUUGCCUUGACCAUCCGACCGAGAGGGGAAAAAAAACUUCGCCGUCUUUUGAGUUAACGAUUUCGACCUCGAUCGAAAAUUCUGUCCAAUAUCAAUAUUUUUCUUGGUUGUCAAGGCGUUUUUCUUCUUUGCGCCUUUAUUUUGCUGUCAGAUCUAAAGUUUUUGAAAGCAAUGGUGGUUGAAAACUAUUUUUGUGUUCAUUUGAACAAGUUGGAAAAUUGAAGCAGUAAAACCGACUACCGUCACUUGUUAUUUUCGAUGCUUGUGCGAAAUUAUAUAUAACUGGCAGAAAAAUAUUGAAAAAAGUUCAUACUCGGUUCAGUUAUCUCCUCGUUCUAUGAGCCUUUGGAAGCUGCUUCUGACUUUCCAAUUUUUCUUUUUCUGCAGGAAAUCACCCUGUUGGGUGGCAACAAGCAGUGCGACACCUGUCCCGAGUCGCCGAUCCGAUGUCGUUGGUCCAGGCCAACGCCGCGCAGUUCGAAGCCUUCCAGAACUUGCCCCCUGUCGAUUUGCAAGGCGGGACUCUUCUAGACGUUCAAGAGGUUGGAUUUAAGUUUGAGAAACUGUUCUGCUCUUUGAAGACCUUUUUUUUAGAUUUUCUGUCGUUCGAUUAGUUGAAAGAUGUUCUUUUUCCAAAAAUUGAGGAAGUAGUCUGCUGUAUAAGUUUAAAACUGAUAGUCGAAUAGUGGUAUUUGCUCUAAAGCAAAUUUUUUUUUUUAAUUUUCGAUGGAAAAUUUUGCGAAUCGGAAAAUACAGAAGCGUAAGACUAGGAAAAAAAGCCUUGCAAAAGAUGCUGAAGCAAUUUUUCUCGAUAGAGUAGACUUGAAUAUUUGUUGAACCUAAGGUUAAGGAAUAUUUAAAUAUUUUUUUUUAAUCUAACGUUUUCAUCCAAUUUUGAAAUAUCUCAAAAAAGCGCCUUUUCGUUUCUAAAAUUUUUGUUUUAGAGCUGUUAUUUUUCUCAAAAAGUGCCAAGUUGAGCACAUAUUGAACAAUCGGAUUAAAACGCGAAGCGAAUGUACAUGUUUGGGCAAGAACCACGCCUACAUUUUCCGGACCAGUUUUUUGGGGCUUAUGAUGACGUCACGGAAUAAUUCAGGAUGAGGAGGUCGACCCGAACGACGGCUGCCGUGUCCAGGUUAUCACCUACCGAAUCCUGUCGGCUGAUCAGACCGAGGAACUCACCAAAAUAUUCAGAAGAAAGGUUUUCUUGUCAUUUUUUUUACGGUUUUUGUUUUUAUUUUGUGGAUACAGUGCUUUUUUCUGUUGAGAUAUAACGACAAGUGAUUUUUUAAGAAUCAGGGUCACAUGAAGCGAUGGAAAAUUUGAACGUUUCGAAACGAAAAGCUUUUUAUUUCAUUUUCAUUCUUUCUUGUAAACAAAAUUCUCAUGUUUUGAUGGUUGUGACAAAUUUUUUCGUCGAAAUUAUCAUUUAAAUUUCUCUUUUCUCGAGGUUAUCACAAUUUGAACAUGGAUCCUCUAUAACUCAGGCCCUUCAGUUCUUCUCAUUUGAUAGAUUAUUGAAGUUAAUAAGUUUAAUUCACUUAUCUUUUUGAAAGGUCGCUUCUUAUCUCAAAAUGGUGUAUUAAAGAAGUGAAUCAUGUCGAAAAUCAAUUAUUUCAGAACUAAAUUCGGACAAGUUUCCCGUCCCAUAAUUUAAAAUAGUUCAUGUUCAUAAAUCGGUUUCAUUUUUUUUUUCUUCAGAUCAAAAUUGACUGUACACAGACGAUGCGACGAUUGGAGGUUUCGAACGGAAGAGAGGCCAAGGUUCCUUUUUUUUUUCUUUUUUCUUUUUGAUGCAUUACUCAUUGCCAUUUGUCGGCUGUCGCCUUCCUUUGAGUUUACUUUUUUUCAGAAGAAAUAUGUUCGCAAGUUUUACUCACAUGUUAUGAAAGAAAUAUCAAGAAUUGAUCGAUUAGUUGACACGGCGUUUCUGCCAGUUGAAGAAAAUGCAAGGAAUUUGAAACUCGGCAAAGUCUGCGCACUUCUCGAAAUUCGCCCGCGAAAUUUGAAAAAAAGUGGCUUUAUUUUUUUGAUUUUUUUGUCAAUUUUUUUUCAUAUUUUUUUCACUUUUUCUUUUCGUAGAUUGCUGAUAGUAUUGCGGGACCACGAUCGGGUUAUACUCUGGGCUGUUAGACGUUUUUUUGAAAGUAGUUCUGUGAGGCUAACUUUAAAACUCGUGAUGAAGAAGCGUUUUGAAAAAUCUCCACCUGUUUGUAUGGAACAUGUUUCACCCCAUUUUAUGUUUUUCUUAUUCUAUUUUUUUGUCGAUUGUUCAGAUUCCUAGGUUGUGGACAUCAAUGAGAUGAAAUUACAUGAAAAAAAGUCUGUGAAGUUGAGAAAGUAUGUUCCGGAAUUCAUUUAUAUCCGGAUAUUCCGUCAACUUUUUAUAAUAAAAAAGUACUUGCUGUAAAAAAACAUCUUUUAUUUGUUUCUCCACAGCAAUAUAGUUUUAUUUAAUCUCUUUUUAAUUUCCUCGUCUUUUUUUCUUCAAUGUUCAUUCGUUUCUCACACUUAUAUCAUCGGUUAACCUUAUUUUUCCAAAUUUUUUUGUGCAUGCACUAAACACGUCCUAAUUGACGGAGAAAAAGUGGGCGGGGCGUCGCAAAAAGAAAACACCGUGUUGAAUCUAGAAAUUCGAAGGAAAGAAAGACAAUAUGAUUUUGACAUAAAAAAAGACUUUUAAAUUUAAAAAUUUUCUCCAUAAUUCUUAGAUUUGAAUAAAAAAAUUUCCAGGUUGAAGAAAAAAAUGUGAACGAGUGCGGGGCGACAUCAAAGGAAUGAAACCUGUAGAAGUCGUCACGAAUAACUCCCAAAUGCUAGAACUAGACCCCAACAAUGCUCAGGUAAACUUAAAAUUUUUUUCUCCGUAACAAACCACUAGUGAAUCGGAAAUUAAAAAAAGGUUAGAAAGGUUUAUAAAUUUGAAAAAAACCUUACUAAAACUUGUAAAUUUAAAAAACUGACGCCGAUUAUGGUGUAUAGUACGCGAUUUUUUUUCAACGAGUUGUUUGCGUAUUUGACGUAAUAAUAGACGACAAUUUGCAAAUUGUUUUCUCCUUUUUUUAAAAAUUUUUUUUCACUAUGUUUUCAUUUAAGAAAUUCUGUUUUAACUUCAUAGUUAUCGUCUGAGAAUUUCAGGAUGUCGCCAUAUCCAAUGCUCUGCGACAAGUGCCUGACACUUUUUUCAAUAUUUUGAGCAAGGAAAAGGACAUGUUUGGUGAGAUUUUUUCGUUUUUUUAAUAAUUAUUUCAAAAUUUCAGUAAAAAUGUACCCCGAUCUGUUCGAGAAGAUGAGGUCUGAAUCUUCAUUGAUUCCAUCGACAACGACUGAAGUGAUAACGAAUCCUGAUGGUUCUACAACAACGAGGAUGCGAAGUAGUAAAUCUUACAGGUAAUUUUUGCGCUGAAAAAUGGACCUUUUAGGACUUACAAGGGCAAUUCAGUAUUGGUAAGUUUUUCAUGUCUAGAAACAUCAAAGAUGCUCUGAGUACACAUUUUACAAAAAUGUUUUAAAAAAGAGCCUGUCCAAAAGUCAAAGCGAACUCAUCGCUACAGAUUUCAAUUUUUGCAUAAUCGCCCGGUCCAUCCGCAAAACGGCAACAAAAAAAAAGAAAUUGAAAUCGAUUCGAAAGUUUUUCAGCUCGCAUUUUUCCCGUCAGGAGACCUUCAUCAAUGGCGUGAAGCAAAUGUCGAAGAGCAAGUUUCGCGCUUUUGUCGAGUACCGCGUGAGUUUUAACAGCUGUGUAAUUUUGUUAGAAGAGAUUUGUUUAUAUAUUCCAAUAAAAAAUGCUGUUCUCCGAAAGAAAAAAAAAUGGAAGAUUUCACCUUCUUUUCUGUAAGUUUGUUUUCUAUUAGUUUUGAGGCUAUAUUUUUGUAAGUACUUUUACACGCUUUCAAGUUUGGAAUGAAUAAAAUAUAAAUGUCUGGGAAAUUUUUCGGAAAGUAAAGAUGUUUUUAGAAAUGAAAGUAAAAGUCAAUUAAAAAAGGCCUUAAUUUUGAAUGAAUUCAUUUCCAAUUCAAGUGUUCAGGGGCCAGAAGGAGGUUUCCACGUCAAGCUCACCGAUCAUGACGAUGAUGAGCUUUCUGAAGACGAGGAGGACGACAAAACUAGCCGGUAAAUAAGGAAAACGAUUGAUUUUUGAGUUUCAAGAAAACAUGAAACUAAAAUUAUGGUUAUUAUUCAUCAUCCUCCCUUUUUUUGAAAAAAAUAAAAGUGACCUUUUUGGUUCAGAACUCUCUCGGAGAUCACGGACGAGUCGGAAAUCAUUUCAACGGGUCCGGCGGUCAAAAAAGAAGUCCAAAAAAGGCACGAAAAAGCCUGGUUUGCGGCGAAAGAACUAGUGGACAGCGAGCAGAGAUACGUCGAAAAGCUGAAGCUUCUUGGCGAGGUACAGGAAUUACUUGAAAUGUGAAGAAAAGUAUUGCAUUCAAGACAUUCCGGCUGCGGAUUCUGAAGGAGAAAGAUUUGAUGAACGGCGACAAGCAGGCGAAGUUGUUCGCCAACGUCGCCUCGCUCUAUCAGUUCCACAACACUCAUUUCCUGCCCCAAAUGAUGGACGCGAUCCGAGAAUGGCAGACCACUAAAAGGUACUGUACUAUUUUUGGAAAAUGUAUGAGAAAUGUGAAAGGAUCAAUGAGGCUAUUUAGAUGGAUCUUUUUCAUUCAUUCUGUUUUUGUUUUGAAUUUUCCAUGGGUCAAAAAAAAAUGAUGGAACAAACAAGAAACACAAAAUUCAACUAAUUUGAAAAAUAUGAAUGAUGCUAUUAAGAAUGAAAAGCGUUUUUUAAGGAUUUAAGCUAAAAUCUUCAAUUUUUUCCUUGAUCAGUGUGGAAAAAAAGACAGUCUCAGUGAAAUAUUCCCAAGCUUGUUUUGAUAGAUACGCCUGAAGAAUUAUUUUUUUGUAUUGAUAUGUUUGCUCGGAAGCAGAAAAAUUCAUUUCUUUAAAAAGAAUUUUUGUUGUUUUUCCGAGUUGUUUCCGGUGUCGAUCAAUGACCACGUUCUUUUUAGAAUUAAAAAUCUUUGUAUUUAUUUUGUUGCCCUGUUUACGAUAUUGUUCAAUUGAUAAGUGAACGCCAACAUUUUUUUAGAAUUAAAAAAAUGUUCCAAAUUCGAAAAACCGCCCACGAUAUCCGUUUCCUUUUCAAAUUUACGGCGCCUUUGUUUAAAUUCGCAUUAACCCAAAUUCUGGUCAACGAAAAGGACAGUUCCAUUUCUCAAUCAGAAAAAAAUAUUCUCAAAAAAAAAAGAACCAUGGGACGUUUUACGACCGCCCUGGGACCUUUUUAUCGUCGAGGAAAAAAUAUUUUCUUUUUUCCGCUAGUCCUUUGUUGGAUUUGAGCAACGAGGCAAACAUUCAUUCUCGUCAAACAAUUUUUUUCCCCUUUCCUGAGACGUUUCUGAUAAGAUUUUGAGAAGAAAGAAAGGUCAUUUUUCGAGAUUGAGGGGCUGGAAAAUAUUGGAAAUAAAGUUUGGAGGUGAAGAAAUGAGACUUGGGUUUCUUGAGUUCGUAAAUUAUAAAAUGGAAUAGAAUUGCAAAGAGGAGUUUGGAGGAAUCGAAUCGAAGAAUGAUCAUUAUCAUUAUUUGGAGUUAUUUUCGUUUUUUUAGAAGAUCCAAUAAAAUUUCAUGUUUCUGAAAACGAAUAGCUCAAACAGAACGUGGAAGGCGCCUAUAGACUCUCAAGGAAAAUUUUUUUUAGGUGUGGUAAAAAAACAUCUGUAUUGAAAGUUGUUUUUAGGAGUUUUCCAUCCUUCGUAUGUGAAUGAAAAGUUAAUAAAUUUUUAAAAUUAGAGAGUAUAUAGCCCGACAGCUGUUUUAAGUAUGAGAAAGUUCAGUUCCUAGGCUUUGAGCCUGUCGAAUUUCUGAAUCUUCAGACUUCCUGUGUGAAAAUUCGUAUAGCAAUCAAGAAUCAAUGAGUUGUAUCUCUCUAAGUUUUGAAAUUAUUUCAGGUUAUCACACGUGGUUCGAAAGCAGGCGCCGUUCCUGAAGAUGUAUUCUGAAUACACGAACAACUACGACCGUGCCAGCAAGCUGUUCGAGGAACUCAGGAAGAAGAAGAAGUUCAACGACGUCGUCAAGGAGAUUGAAGUAAUUGAGAAAUUGGAAAAUCAAUGAAAACAAAUGAAUUCAGAAACAACCGGAAUGCGAUGGUCUUCCCUUGUCCCAUCACCUGAUUUGUCCUGUUCAGAGAGUCAUGAGAUAUCAGUUAUUACUUCAGGUGAUUUUGAGUUCCUUGGUGAUUAUCCAUUAUUAUCCAUGAUUUCAGGAGUACAAGAAGCACUUGGAAGAGACGGACGUGGAUUACGAAGAUACGGCCGUCGCUCUGGAACUCGUCCUUCAAGCCGCAGCUCACGCCAAUCAGAUGAUGAAGCGAUUGGUUGAUAAUUCGUUUCUCAAACAUUAUUCAUUGAUUUUGUUUCCAGGAAGGCUUCAGCAAGCUGGUUGAAGUACAGGAACAACUCGGCAACUCUAUUUCCUUGGUCUCACCUGGCAGGGAACUCAUCAAAAGUGGUCCUAUUCAGGUAAUUAGGAGUAUGAAGUUUUCAAGAAAAAGUAAAGUCAAAAAAAGGAGCUCCCAAAGUUAUUUUUACUCCUUUUUUUUUAGAUGGUCUUAACCUACUUUAGAGAUUCAUACACCUUUUUUUUGCAAGUGGUUUCUCAGACUUUUUGUAAAUGUCCUAUUUUUUUUUGUGCUUCAUAAACUGGACUAUAUGUUACUAACAGUAUAAUUCUCACACUCUUCUAAAAAAAUUUGUCAAUUUUUUUCAAAAUUUUUUUUAGCUUUUUUUCCUAUUCACGAAGAGUGAAAUUCAUAAGAAUCGAUAAAUUUUUCCACUCAAAAAGUCUUUUUUUUUCAGAAAAUCUCCUCGACCACUGAGAAAGCAGAAGAGCGGUUCAUUUUUCUGUUCAACGACAUGUUGAUCUUAGCCAGCGAGCGGAAGAUGAUCGGCAUGGCGAAAUACAAGCUGCGGGCCGUGUUCAACGCCGCCAGCAUGCAGAUCGGCGAGGGCGACAACUUGGAACGCGAACAUUCGUUCUACGUCCGCGGCUCUUCUGGGAACUCGGCCGUGCGAAGGGUCGAACUCUUCACCGGUACGUUCGUGUCUUCUUGAAAAAAAGUGGCGUUAAUCAUCUUUUUUCAAAUUUCCUAGAUGAGUAGGUCCUCGUCGAAAAUCAUUCUUCAAACCUUUGUGUAGCUUCUGUUCAGAAUUGGUAGACCUGAGUUAUAUUUCUGUAAUCAACAUCAUUUCAAUACUGUCUUACUUAAUUUUCAAGCGUUCUUAUCUUUAGACCUUAGCUUCUUACCUUCUUACCUUCUGGUUAGAAAGAUCUGUUUGAUAAAUUCGAAAAUACUUGAAAAGUGGAUAAAAUGAGAGCCUUCAUUUCACCGACACUAUUCCCUGUACGCUCAAGAAAUAUUAAUCUCAUAAAAAUAAUUUUUUAGGAACUUGCUUUGAAAGAAAUUUUUCAGUUUUUUUCAUUAUGUCAACCAUGAAGUGUUGAAAGGCUUUUUCAUUCGAAAAAAAUAGAGGAUUUUUCAAAGCUUUUAUGUUAGUUUUGAUUAGCACCUAGAAAAUAUUGUUGUAUAAUGAUUAUUUUUCUCAUCCCCGUCUUUUUUCAGAAUCGCAAAAAGAAAAGAGUGAUUGGGUCGAUUCGAUUUUCUCAAUCAUUGAUGAUGCUUGUGCUGGAACUUCUAGUGUGGUCGGUUUUUUUUUUGUAAAAUCCUUAGGAGAAGUUUUAUUUUCUGAAAUUCGAAAAUUUCAGAGAUCAAGCGUUAGUGAGUACAACAACAACGGCUGCAGUGAGUCGCGAAAUUGCUCGGAAUGCGAUUUUGAGUUUAGGUAGUUUGAAAAAAAAAUUUGGAUCUCUUGAAAAAUAUGUUUCUUCAGUUUAUGGUCCCGUGGAGUGAAAUGCUCCAAGUGUAAGCGGAAAAUGUGCAAAAAGUGUUUUGGCCGGUACAGGACGGAGAGCAAAAGGAGCCGCGUCUGCGAAAGUUGUACGAAGAGCGCGGUUAGUUCUUGUUUAUUUUUAUCAGAAAAAGUUUCAAAAAUCUAUUGAUUUAUUUUCCAGACGAGCGACGGAUUGCGUCGUUGUGUCUCGACUCAAUCCAACGCCAGAUCCAACUUGCUCUACAAACCAGCCGCCGGUAAAGGAGUCCUUCAUGCCAGUAGAAUCAAGGUUUGUACCUUUGAAGAGUACGACUGUCCCUUGGGUCAUCACUUUUGGAAUCUCCAUGAAGAUCUCAAAAAAUAAUUGCAGUUCCGAGGCACUCUGGGCAAAGUUUUCGACCGGUAUAUGGUGGUCCGCAACGACUUCUGCUUGUACUCCUAUAACACUCCGGAGGUAGAUUGAACAUCUGCAGAUAAACUUUUCCAGUCUUCUGACAAUUUAAGUUCAGAAUCUGUUUCUCAAUCGAUUGAAAUUUUAAAAAAACCAAAUUUUUGGAAAAAAAGAUUAUAUUUAUGAAAGAAGACAAUCUCAUUAAAUAAUUCAAUUAAAGAUCAAAAGUUGACAGGUUGCGUUUCUGUUUCAAAAUAACUGGAAAAAAAUCAUUUUACAAUGUUUUUUUAAAUGAACUGGAAAAAAAUAAUCCGCAUUACGUGUAUGAGCACAAACUUUUUUUUUCUUAGGGACGAUUUUUCAAUUUUAAAACAGGAAUACUUGUCCAUGUAAGCCUAGAAGACGCAGGACAACUUUGCUUUCAAACCUGUAGGCGAAAAAAAUGAAAGCGUUUUUUACUGAACUUGAUUGUAACGCCUCCUUUUAAACCGCUUGCGGGUAAGUCAGACUCAGAAACGAAAUAGAGAGCCUCAGAAAAAAUUUUUUCUUCCCUUUUAGUAUUCACCGCACUUAUGUUUUUAAAUAACGCGUAGAACAAGGUAAAGUAUUUUUAGAGUCAAGGAAGAAUUCUCAGAUGAAGUGCAAGAAGUUAGCUGGUUUUCUUGCAGGACGAAUGCGCCCUGGCGAUGCUGCCUCUGCCAGGCUGCGAGGUGAAGAUCUGCGGCGAGAAGUACACGUUCUCGGUGAGGGUCGGCGCCCGGAGGAUGUACACGAUGACGGCGGAGGACGAGCAGUGCCAGGCCCGUUGGAUGGCCGUCUUGGACCUCGCCGCCAACGCCCAGCUCAAUGGAAACGUUUCAUGA